GAUCUUUGGAGUUUUUGGCUGGAUGAUGCUAUGUAUUUUAGAACUAGUUUCUGGUGCAGACCAGGGCUGUCCCAGUAAGCAGCAGGUGCUGAGUGCCAUCCGGCAGAUGCAAAAGCUGCUGUCUGCACAGGAAGCCCAGUACAGUCAGGGGAUUCGCAUGAUGAAGAGGAAGCUUAGCCUACUGCAGAACACAAUGAACAAACAGGCUUCUAAAUACAAUGAAACAUGUCCCAGGCUCCAAGCCCCAAAUAAUGGGAAGAAAUUUGGAAGCAGGUACAUGGUGGGCCAUGAGGUGCAUUUUGCCUGUGACCCUGGCUUUGUCCUGGUCGGGUCGAACACUAGGGUGUGCCUUAAGGACAAGAGCUGGAGUGGACAGUUGCCUUUCUGUAAAAAUAUAAAUGAGUGUGCCAGUAAUCCUUGUCUCAAUGGUGGGACGUGCGUGGAUGAUGUAAACCGCUAUGCCUGUCUCUGCCGUGCUGGUUGGGCUGGCUUUGAUUGCCGCCUUGCUUUAGACUCACAAUGGACAAUGGCGCAGAGCGACCCAUCCUUCAGUCACCAGCCACGAUGCACAGAUAUCCAAGGCUCACAACAUUGCACCUGUGAGACCGGCUUCCAGCUGAACGGGAUGGACCUCAGGCAGUGUCGAGAUGUAGAUGAAUGUAAGAUGUUUCACACGGGCAAGUUGGCUCGCCUCUGUGCACAUACCUGUCUGAACACUCCAGGCUCCUAUAGGUGUGCGUGCCCUGCUGGAUACAACCUAAUGGAGGAUUCUCGGAGCUGUGAAGAUAUUAAUGAGUGUUUGACCAAUCGACAUAACUGUACCGGAGAAGAGGUUUGCAUUAAUAUGCAUGGUGGUUUCCAUUGUGUUCGCCCAGAGUGUCCAAAGUCUCGCCACAAUGCAAGCUACGUAAAAACAUCCCAAUUUAAAUGUGAGAGAAACCCAUGUCCAAUGGAGAGCAAGUUGUGUGCAAAUGCUCCCUACUCCAUUACCUUCCAUUACCUCACCCUGACCUCCAACCUGCGAACCCCCAGAACUCUCUUCCGGAUGACAAGCAGCCGGUUCACAGGAGACACCAUGCGCUUCAGCAUCGUAGGAGGUGUUGGGCAGAACCAUUUUUCCAUCCAGCGGUCAGACAGGCAGACAGGGGAGCUGGUACUAGUGCAUCCCAUCCAAGGCCCUGCAACUUUGGAGGUUGAAAUGGAGAUGACGGAACUUCAUGGGAAAACAGUCCUUACCAAGCACGUCUCUAAGGUCAUUGUCUUUGUCUCACAGUAUAACUUCUAGGUGAACUUCACUUUCUGAUGUGACUCCUGUUACUGUUUCUUAAAAGGGAGCCAAGAUAAAUGAGGUAUAUAACUAAUAGAGUGUUAAAAUGCUUAACGGAAGUAUUAACAAUAAUGAGA